AUGUACGUGGCAAGGAUCCUCGUGUGGUUACUGCCUACUUACACGCUAGCCUCACGAACCAAUACAUUUUCCGGGACAAUGGUUGAUUUCACAGACCCUAAGGUUCAAGGACAUUUAGAUGCAUUAGUUAGAAUGGCGCAAGCAUGUGUGAUAAAAGUCAGAGCAUCGCCUAAAGAUGUACGAGCGUACUUCACCAACUCACCACCGAUCACCAGAUCCGGUCAAUGCUUCGCCGCAUGCAUGCUUGAACAGAGUGACGUUAUUAAUCAUGGCAAGAUCAAUCGGGAUCUAUUGAUCCAUCUUGCUGGCUUAGUGAACGGCAAGAACUCUCGUGUGGUGAGAAAGCUUCACAGCAUAUCCCGUCUUUGCCUUGACAGCAUUGAUGGCAUGUCUGACAGAUGUCAAUUGGCGUCAACUUACAAUGACUGUUUAAAUGAAAACAUGACAGAGUUCGCCUUUCCACUAGACAUCGCUGAAGAAGCCGUCAGGAAAAUGCCAUUCCAUCUUAUACAACCCAACUUACCUCAGGAGCUACGUCAAUCAUCAUUUUAA